AACUUUCAAGUUAUUUUCAUUCGUAGCUAUUGUUAUUGUUGGAUCAGUUGACAUUGCUGUGAACCAGACUGGUCACUUGUUUCAUUCUAUUCAAUAGAAGAACUUAUUUCUAGAAUUUCAGGAUUUCUUAAGCUUGUAUACAUAUUGGGGUAGCUUGCUGUUGCGUCACACUAGAUAACUAUCCUCCAGUCAUCUCUUCACAGGAAAGAGGUUUUUUAACCCAGAAAUUAACUUACUGCAAGUCUCAACAAAACAAUCACUUAUUAUCUAACAACCUGUUUAUCUAUCUAUCUAUCUAUCUACCUAUCCAUCCAUCCAUCUAUCUACCCAAUUUUUGUUGUUGUUUAUUACAUUACGUGCAAGGGAAUACAUUAAGUGUCAAUUCUAAAUUUGAAACUAAAACCAAACAAAACUAUUGAGAAAGAUGAGAAAAUCAUAAGGAGGAAGACGAAGACGAAGAAGAAGAAGAAGAAGAAGAAGAAGAAGAAGAAGAAGAAGAAGAAGAAGAAGAAGAAGAAGAAGAAGAAGAAGAAGAAGAGGAAGAAGAAGAAAACGAAGACGAAGACAAAGAAGAAGAAGAAGAAGAAGAAGAAGAAGAAGAAGAAGGCGGCAAACUGACAACUAAAACAGUAAGAUUAACAAGAGCAGCAGCAACACCAGACAUAUAAAAGCACGGUGACCGAAUAUGACAUUGUUUUCGCAAAAGAUGAUUGAAAGGUUAUGGAGAAGUAAUUCAAUUGGAACUACCAAAUUUGUGGAAAGACAGAAACAAUAUGAAGAAAAAUCUGAGAUCAGUUUGUGUGUUAAAUACACACUCUUUUCUCUCAACUUCCUUUCAUGUGCAAUUAUCACAUGUGGAUUUACUGGUUAUGCAAUUCAUAAUUCACUGACAACUGCCAAGCAAUAUCCAUUGGAACGAUAUUGGCAUCUGAACAAAAUACUAUUUGUUCUUGCAGGUAUUACAUUUGUGAUAUCACUGUUUGGAAUUAUAGGAUCACUAAGAGAACACCUCAAGUCUCUGUCUGUGUACAAGUAUUUGGUCUUUAUCACACUGUUUGCUGAAGUAAUAUUUUGUGUUAUUCUUCUGAUCUAUAUAUACGUACCGACGUCAAGAUACAACAUUGAGUUUUUUCCAAAGGGAUCUUUCUCAUCAGAUAUGCAGAAUUAUGGUGAUUUUGAUGGAUUUGCAAAGAACCGAGUUAAUAGUCUACAGGAAACGUUUCAUUGUUGUGGAUUAUCGGAUAAUGACGAAGCAUACAUGGAUUGGAGGACAUCAGAACAGUUCAAAUGUGAUAAUUCCAAAUCUUGGAAUAACUUGGCUUGCACUGUACCAAGCUCUUGCUGCCGUCUCACCAAGUUAAACAAUGUUUCGUGUGUGGAUGAUGUUCUGAGAAAAAGACCUAUUGAUGUCCAAGACAAAAUCUACACACAAGGCUGUUUAAAAGGAUUCCACACAUGGGUAGAAAUAAAUGGAGUAAGCAUAAUUGGCAUCAUGUUUGGUAUUAUUCUUCCACAGAUUGUGUUGUUGGUGAUAGCAACCAUUUUGAUGAAUCAAAUAAUAAGGCAACUUGCUAAAUGGGAAAGCUCUGACACUAGCAGCAUAACCAGCUGCUGAAAGGACCUCUGAAAAUUUGAAUGUAUAUACAUGGUUUUUAUUAUUUUUUUUUAAAGUCAAAAAACAAUGCAAGGUUGAUGGUUUUACUUGGUAAGCACCUGUGCUGGUGUCAUGUAAAAAGCACCCAGUACACUCUGCAAAGUGGCUGGCAUUAAGAAGGGCAUCCAAACAGAGAAACCAUGCCAAAGCAGACAGCAGAGGUUGGUGCAGUCUUUUGCCUGGCCAGUACCUGUCAAACCAUCCAACCCAUGCCAGUAGGGAAAGCGGAUAUUAAAUGAUGACAGACUCCAGGUAAAACCAUCAACUUUUAGGAUUUUUAUGAACUGCUUUGUUUUGGCUUAAAAAAAAAAACAGUAAUUAAAAACAUCAUUUAAAUAUAUAAGACAAUGCUGCAUGCUGUCUACUACUAAUCUAUGUUUUUUCGCAAUCUGUUUUUAAAACGUAUAUACUAUAUUUAACACAAACCACAUCAAUGGUAAGAUGGAUAGGAGUUCAAAAAGAAAUACGAAAUGAAAACAUUAUCAGAAUAACACACAAUGUAAUCAAAGAUUUACAGAAAUUACUAAACAAUCUUUAACAUGACAUUUCAAGAGUUUAAAUUCCAGAAUUUAUUUACUAACAAUAUUCUGUUUGAUAUCUUUUCAUUGUGUCAAUGAUAAUAGUAGCAGCCAUAUGACUUGGCAUCUGAUAUGAAGACUUUUCAGUUUUUUGCAGGAUAAAUUAUAUUCAAUAAUACAGAAACUAAAAAUAUAUUUUGAUAAAAUAAUAUUGAACAGGAAUUUGAGAUGUGUUGUUAACAAAAUUUUAAUUUUUUUUCACCAAGUUCAUUUUAAACCAGUGAAAGAUUAAAGAGGCAGAAAUUAUAAGCAGUUCCGGCAUUGAUCUAUGUUGAAUGCGAUGCAGAAACAAAAAGAUCAUUAUCAUUGCUGUGGGAUUGUCUCUGACACAUACAAACCCAAUUAUUGUCACUUACUCUGAUCACCUGGAUUACACUCUACAGCUAUUUAUCUAUCUAUCAGUAAUAUACUCAUCCCAAAUAUACACCUGUGUUCCUUGCCCAGCUGGAGUUUGUUGCCUGCCACAUUCUGUCUCUUCUACACAACACAUAUCAGUUUAUUUUCACUGUAGCACCUCCAGACUUUUGUGUCAAUGAUAAUGGUAGCAGUCAUGCAGUUUGCAGGAUUUGAUGGGCUGUUUGGUCUCCAAAUGUAAAAUGAAGAGAGGUGGUGAUACAAAGUUUGAUACAUGGGUAUUGAGCACAACACUAAGCCUGUAAAAUCACAGUUGCAGACUUUUGCUGAUGUCCCUGUCAUGAAAUUGAAAAUCGAAUUAAUUUUGUUAAAAAUAUUUUAUUUGCUAAAAAAAAAAAAAAAAUACAAUUCACAA